AUGGAGGCGGAACUCCGGUCGACUCGGGACGCCUUGAGGGAGACGGAGAGGGAGAAAUCCAGCGUCAUCCUCCAGUUGCGGGAACAGAACGACCGACUCGCUUCGCACAUGCAAGAGGCGAGUCGACACGGGGAGAAUCUGAGCCGGGAGCUGCAAAGCCUCCGGGAUCGAGUCUCUCUUCGCCGAUCUUCCUCCGACGAUCAUCUUGCUCAAGUCGACCUCCUCCGAUCCCAGGUCCGAGGCCUCCACUCGCUCGCCGUUCGAUUUAUCGGGGACGCGUCCCAAAGAUGCACCGCCGUUCGAGAUCGGAAUCGGUUAUGUGGAACGAGAAACGAGUUGCCUGUGGCGGACGAAAUGGGACGGAGAAGACGGGAAAUCGAGGAGGAACUGGAGCGAGUGAUGGCAGAGAGAGAGAGCCUCCGGAUGACCUUGGAAGACACUCGGCACCAGGUC